GCGGCGCCGGGCAGGCCUGAGCGGCGGCGCGCGGCGCCCGGCCCGCGGGGAUGCGGGACCGGCUGCCGGACCUGACGGCGUGUAGGAAAAAUGAUGAUGGAGACACAACUGUUGUUAUUGAAAAGGACCAUUUUAUGGAUGAUUUCUUCCAUCAGGUUGAGGAGAUCAGAAACAGUAUAGCUAAAAUAGCUCAGUAUGUUGAAGAAGUAAAGAAAAACCACAGCAUCAUUCUUUCUGCACCAAACCCAGAAGGAAAAAUAAAAGAAGAUCUUGAAGAUCUGAACAAAGAAAUCAAGAAAACUGCUAAUAAAAUUAGGACCAAGUUAAAAUCUAUUGAACAAAGUUUUGAUCAGGAUGAGAGUGGGAACCAAAUGUCAGUGGAUCUUCGGAUACGAAGAACCCAGCAUUCAGUGCUGUCUCGAAAGUUUGUGGAAGCCAUGACCGAGUAUAGUGAAGCACAGACUCUAUUUCGGGAGCGAAGCAAAGGCCGGAUACAGCGUCAGCUGGAAAUAACUGGAAAAACUACCACUGAUGAUGAACUAGAAGAGAUGCUGGAAAGUGGGAAUCCCUCCAUUUUCACGUCAGACAUUAUUUCGGAUUCACAGAUUACUAGACAGGCUCUCAAUGAAAUUGAGUCACGUCAUAAAGACAUUAUGAAGCUGGAGACCAGCAUCCGAGAGCUGCAUGAGAUGUUCAUGGACAUGGCCAUGUGCGUUGAGACUCAGGGUGAAAUGAUCAACAACAUAGAAAAAAACGUUAUGAAUGCCACAGACUAUGUAGAACAUGCUAAAGAAGAAACGAAAAAAGCUAUUAAAUAUCAAAGCAAAGCAAGAAGGAAAAUGAUGUUCAUUAUUAUUUGCGUAGUUAUUUUGCUUGUGAUCCUUGGAAUUAUCCUAGCAACAACAUUGUCAUAGCAACCAUGUCCCAAGAGCCAUUUAUCCUUGGAGUCAGACCAUAUCUGCAGCAAAUGAGCCUCCUCCCAUUUCAUGAAUGAAUCCUAGACAUUGUGACACAUGGCAUUGAGUGCUGACUUUUUAUUAGUGAAUUCAAGGAGAAAACGCAACAGAAUGUAUUGUUUGGUGAGAAAAGCAGAAUGGAUGUGAUGAGUUAACCCAAACAUCCUCGGACUCUACAUAACACACCACAAAAAAUUAACAAUGUGAAACUGGUUUCAGUGGCCUUAAAAUAAGGAAUUAUUGAAGUUUUCAAUUUUUUAAAAAUAUUUCAGUGUUAAAAAUGUAUGUGAGGUUUAAUUAGGAAUGUCUUAUGUGAUGAAGCUAUUAGAUGUGAGGUCUAAGACUUUCUUCCCUGUCCCAGCUAACAUGCUGAUUGAGACGUUUUUGUACUGUGUUUAAUUUGUGUUUGUUUAUGUUUGCAAAAAUUAUUUUUAUUAUCACAGAGCUGUUUUGUAAGAUAUCUAUAAUUUUAAAUGUUUAUAAAUUGUUUAAUAUAUUAACAUCUUAAUUUACUCCAAUUUUAUAUAUUAUCUAUUGCCUUUUAAAAGAAAUAGGAAGGUUCAUGAUAUUAGAGCCAUUUUUGCACAGUUGUUUACAAAGUUUGCCAUCGGCCUAGAAGACGUUGGUUGCAAGGUUCCCCAAAAAGCCUUUCCUAGUGCCUUCUGUUAAAAUUGAUUUAAAUGCACCCAACACCCUGUGGGAAAAGCUUGAUCGAUUAUUGUACUCAGCUCCAUUUCUAGCUGUUUCAUCACCCAAGAUAAUAAAUUAGUUACUACACUGUAAAGACAAUGCUCUCUUCUUUUAUUCAUUACAAAGUAAGGUUUGUGAUUCCCUGUUUACACUAAUAAAGUCUCAAUUUAAGAUGGUGAUAAAACCAAAUUUUAAACUCAAGGGGAUUAUUCCCAGACAUUAAGUAAUUCUUUUAAAUUUCAACUGUUGUACAGAUCACCUAAAUGUUCUUGUUCAGUACCUACUCUCCUGCUGAACUUUAAAAGUUAAUUCCCAAAGUUUACAGGAAUCUAUGAUAAUUAACUUUUUUUUUUUUUUUUUUGCGGUACGCGGGCCUCUCACUGUUGCGGCCUCUCCCGUUGCGGAGCACAGGCUCCGGACGCGCAGGCUCAGCGGCCACGGCUCACGGGCCCAGCCGCUCCGCGGCACGUGGGAUCCUCCCGGACCGGGGCACGAACCCGUGUCCCCUGCAUCGGCAGGUGGACUCUCAACCACUGUGCCACCGGGGAAGCCGAUAAUUAACAUUUUUAUUACUCAUUAUUUUUAGUAUAAUAUGCUUUAUUUUUAGACUGUAAAAUGUAUGACAUCUUACUAGUGAAUGGACAUCUAUAAGAUAGCAUCUCGUCAAAAUUUUAAAUGCAUAUGUGAAGGAUACUCAAAAUAUAGUUAACUCUUGUUACUUCUGUAUGUGAUUGUGUAAGCACAAGACUGUAUUUUAACUUCGGCUUGAAAUCUUAUAGAUAUGCUUGAUUGCAAACUGUAAGUGUGAAUUAUAUUGGACCGUUUAGAAAUGGUGUUCCUUAUUCAGUACAAUUAUGAAUUUCACUCAUUCAUACGUUAUACAUCUAACUGCUUAGCUUAGGCUUAAGUCUGUAUUUAUGCGUUUUAUUUACUUGCUGGCCAUCACCGUGUAGUCAGAAUUCCUAUAGGAGUGUCCUGGCUCUAGCAUAUAUAUUUCUUAAAUCUUUAAAAAGCCUGUCAGUGGGACAUGCUCCCUGAUUUGUGCUUAAGU